CAAAACGAUGAUGACGCAACAGUAAACCAGAGGAAGCGAGGAAGAAGAGCAGCCACCGCACCUUUGACAAAGGUAAAGCAUGGCGAUGACUGGCCAGAGCUCGUGCUCUUCCAUGAGUAACCACACCAAGGAGCGGGUCACCAUGGCCAAAGUGACCCUGGAGAACUUCUACAGUAACCUCAUUGCCCAGCAUGAGGAGCGAGAGAUGAGGCAGCAGAAGCUGGAGAAAGUGAUGGAUCAGGAAGGCUUGGCUGAUGAAGAGAAGCGUAUCCGACGUUCUCAGCACGCAAGGAAAGAGACAGAGUUUCUGCGUCUGAAACGCACCCGACUGGGUCUGGAGGACUUUGAGUCUCUGAAGGUGAUUGGCCGAGGAGCUUUUGGAGAGGUUCGCCUGGUGCAAAAGAAAGACACCGGUCAUGUGUAUGCCAUGAAGAUCCUCCGCAAAGCUGACAUGUUGGAGAAAGAGCAGGUUGGUCAUAUCCGUGCUGAGCGGGACAUACUGGUAGAAGCAGACAGCCUAUGGGUGGUCAAAAUGUUCUACAGCUUCCAGGAUAAGAUGAACCUCUACCUCAUCAUGGAGUUCCUACCUGGAGGAGACAUGAUGACCCUGCUGAUGAAGAAGGACACUCUGACAGAAGAGGCCACUCAGUUCUACAUAGCAGAGACGGUGCUGGCCAUUGACUCCAUCCACCAGCUGGGCUUCAUCCACAGAGACAUCAAACCAGACAACCUGCUGCUAGACUCCAGGGGCCAUGUGAAGCUGUCUGACUUUGGCCUGUGCACGGGACUGAAGAGGGCUCACCGUACCGAGUUCUACAAGAACCUGAACCAUAGCCUGCCCAGUGAUCUCAGUAAGCAAACCUUCCAGAACAUGAACUCCAAGAGGAAAGCAGAGACCUGGAAGAGGAACAGGAGGCAGCUGGCUUUCUCCACAGUGGGAACCCCAGACUACAUCGCUCCAGAGGUCUUCAUGCAGAAUGGAUACAACAAGCUGUGUGACUGGUGGAGCCUGGGUGUCAUCAUGUACGAGAUGCUGAUAGGUUACCCUCCGUUCUGCUCGGAGACGCCUCAGGAGACGUACAGGAAAGUGAUGAACUGGAGAGAGACUCUGACCUUUCCUCCAGAAGUGCCUAUAUCAGAGAAGGCCAAAGACCUCAUCCUCAGGUUCUGCUGUGAGGAGGAGCACAGGAUCGGUGCUGCAGGUGUGGAGGAGAUCAAGUCCAAUCCUUUCUUUGAGGGGGUGGACUACGACCACAUCAGAGAGAGACCAGCUGCCAUUCCUAUAGAGAUCAAAAGCAUCGACGACACCUCAAACUUCGACGAGUUCCCUGACUCGGACAUCCUCACGCCAACAGGGACCCAGGUGUCCAACCAGACUGAGGCCAACCUGAAGAACAAGGACUGGGUCUUCAUCAACUACACCUACAAACGCUUCGAGGGUUUGACCGCUCGAGGAGCUAUACCGUCCUACAUGAAGUCAGGGAAGAGAUGAGCAGCCAUCUGAAUGAUUUGUCCAAACCCCUGCUGUCUGAAGAUGCUGAGCCCUGACCAGAGAACUUUGUGUUCUUCACAUGAUCUGAGUGAUGAGGAUUCUCUUCACACAGGACUUUGCAAAUAAUAAUAGAGGUUCAGUUUUAUCUGUUGCUUUCCACCAUAGGAACUACUGCCUUCACUUUCUCUGAUGCUUCCGAGGGUACCUUCCUACUCGUGCAUGAAAACUGAACUGGGAUCAAAGUGGUUGUGAUUCUCUCUACCAUGGACGCAGUGGGAUGUCUUCACUGCUUCUACCAGCAUCAUUUACAUUCUCUCUCUACAGACCAGCACCUGUUGGACCUACCAGCAGCUCUUUUCCUUCCAAAUCCGUACAUCCCAGCUUGAACAUUGCAUUACUUUGUCACCUGAACUGCACCAGGUGCUCUGCAGGGAUUCUGUCCAGAUGUUUCUUGUCGCUCACUGCGAGGCUUCCUUAAAGUGCUGCGGGCUUUUUAACAUGACCUAACCAAAGACUGUGAGCUUGGUGAUGUUUCUGCUUGAUCCCUGUCACUUCGUCGUCUUCUUCUUCAUAGAGUGAUACUUGCAAGAUUUGCUUGUUGAAAAGCGUGAUUAUAUUAGAAUGGUGCGUCUUGUUACAUUUUUACAGUGGCCCCUCAUGUUCAGUUAUCUUUAGCACCUUAUGCGAUGUCUGGUCCAACUCCAGUACAGUCAGGCCUACAGCGCAUUAGUUUGUUUUAUUGAACUGGAAAGGUACAUUUGUGUCCACACAUGGUUUGACAGAGAUAAGACGGAAUAUCAAAAGGCAAAUUGACUGUUUUAAUGCCACCUGUGUAUAACACAUCAAUACAUUUUCUACUCAAACUUCAAACUAACGCAGUUAGCCCUGGUUCGACGUAGUAGCUGGUGACCCACUGUUAAAAGGUUUUCAGAUAGGACGCGGUAUGUGCUGCGCUCGCCACGGGGGUUGGGCACAGCCCAGCAGAGGAGGGCGCACAUAUGCAAAUGUAGGGUGCCAGUUGCUAGGGGACCAUAAAGCUUUCCAGGAGGUGGUUAGCAGAUGUUAACUAGUUUUUCAAGCAGUGGACUUGGCUGCACAUUAUCUCUCUACAUGUCAGCGAAAAGCUCUGGCUUUAGUUGUAUUGGUGAGGACUUUGUUUUUAACUUCAGUGCAGCGUGCAUGGAUGGCAUGCUUGACCUUAUGCUCCGCCCACAGCGUCCUGUCUGAAAGCCCCUUUACUCUACAGAAUGGGUACAUUAGUGCUGCUGCUGAUGAUGAUGAGCUUGUCACAUUGUUGUAAUGCCACAGACAGAUGCAGCCGCGUUGUCUGAAAAUACUCCGUGUCAGUUUAUUAGGUACAGUGCAGUCCUUAUAACAGAGCUAAUGAUUUAAACAAGCUGGUAUAGAACUGAAAUAAAGGUGUGAAGGCAGAGCACCGACAGGAAUAUAUUUACAACUAGUUUUAUCUCCAUGUCCAGAUCAUGUGUUCUAAAACGAUUGUCCUCUCUGUUUAUAAGGAUCUAAGUCAGUCUAAUCCAACAGUCCUGCAGUAAAUCCUCCUUCAUGAAGGUGAUAACGUUCAGUUUGUGCGGAUUCACCUGUGUGAUCACUGGAAGCUGCAUUAUACAGAGGUGUUUCUCUUGGUUUUAUCAAUCAGGUUAGGCUAAAUCAAAAACAUCUCUAUCUAUAUAACACAGUAACAGUAGCACAACAUCCAGCCUGAACACAAACUCAACAUGAUCAGCCACAAUUUAACAUUUUCUAAGAGACAGUCAGCAUCUUAAACAGCAACUCCACAAUGACACGGUGCUUUUCCUCACAACAAACAUGGAUUUACCUUUUAAACCUGGAAGCACACGGAUGCAUAUUUUACAGUGAACACAAUAUCCAAAAUGCUGUCAUUUAAAAUGAAUGUAAAUGAAAUUUGGAGUCAUAGAGAAGUUAUUUUUCACAAUAAUUCCAAAAUGCUGUUUGUGUGAAUGUAGCCUGGACCACUUUGCUUUAAUCUCUCUCCUGACAUGAGGUUUAACUGUGGAAGCUGAUUCCUCCAGAAACAAGGAAAAACAAAAAAAGGUCAGAAUGUUUUUUGUUUUUGAGAUUUUUUAGAUUGAAUUGUGGGAUUUACUGUCCACGCACCUAUGGCAAAGAUUUACUAAGUCAAAUUAUGACAUGCCCUCGUAGGUUCGACUUGCUUGAUUCUGUUUAGUUUGAAUUUGGAUUUGAAGAUUUUAAAAAGAUUACUUUUAAAAUUACUGCUGUACCGUACAUCAUCAGUUGAAAACCUGGUAGAUCCUGUAAUUCUUUUUUUAAUACAGUAUGUCAUUUUAAACUGGUGAGUCAGAAAGUUACGUAUUUAUUUACAAUGUCAAAAUCCGACCGUUUGACGCUAAAAUGAUUGAUUUGAAGACGACUUGGUUUAUUAUAAUUGUUAAUUUGCAUUUCCUCCUUCUCUACGUUCCCUGGCAGGAAUGAGCUUCCACAGUGACAGUUGAGUCUAAAGGGUUUUUUCUUGUCUGUAACAUAAAUCCUAUUGUGUGCAGGUAGUGUGUAGAGCACAGUGUAACACAUUUUAGAAGAGCAUGCAGCGGAGCUGUUUUUCUAGAACGGGAACAUUUUUUAUGCAAAGUGAUGCCGGAAGGCUCCUGCUCGGCGUGUUUUAGAGACAACAUGGGAUGACUUGUUUUAUAGAGGACACCUCCUGGUGUGUGUGUGUGUGUGUGUGUGGGUGGGUGUGUGAUAACGCUCAGUAAAACCAAUGUAAUGCUGGACUGGUUGAAACUCUGUGUAUUGUUUCUGCCAGGAAUGUGUGCGCACGCUAUGUGCUGUCAUGUACCACAUGUGAUCUGAGAGUUGGGUGUGAGGGGGGUUUGGGAAGGUGGGUGUACAUUAUUUAAACCAGUGCUGUCUUUGUAUUGUUUUCUGCUAUUUGACAAUGAAUUACUCUGCACUCACUGUGCUGUGUUCCUUAACAGGUGGACGAACGGUAGCCGAGUACCUUUACAUGUAGACUGCAACUUAACAGGCCUGUUGCUUUAAAAUUAAACACUUUACAAAUACAAAAAAACUAUUGAGGCCUUUUAGAGGCAUAAGAUGUAAUGGGGUCGUUUUAAUGAUCAGACCUGCAGUAAGCUCAACAUGUUGCUUCUGAAUGAGUCUGAUUAAAAUGAAAACUAUUGUUAC